ACGUCACAUUCCUGCAUUCCCUUUUUCCUCAGUCCGGGACGGCGGAGUUUAAGCUACCACCAGAUAGCUAAUCCUCUCUCCCACAUUUCUUCUUGACAAAUCACACCCAUGACACGGCGGAUUUGAUCUCAGGAGGUGAUCCCGGGUUCACCAGGAGUCAGAAUCUCUUUUCGGGACUCCUCACUGCUGUUUUUAAGUUCGGCUUCCUCGUAACAUUCCUUAGAUGCCGGCUGUUUGGAGACUGAUUGGAUCAGAGUGACUUUAGGAGAGGUCACUUUCCUCCUUCCCUCCCCCUCCUCCCCUUCCACCCAUCACAGCACCGGUUGUCAUGGAGAACUCUUCGGUGGCGUCUGCGUCGUCUGAAGCUGGGAGCACGCGCUCACAGGAGAUAGAGGAGCUGGAGCGCUUCAUCGACAGCUACGUGCUGGAGUACCAAGUGCAAGGGCUUCUGGGGGACAAGGCAGAUGGGGACUUGGACUUGGACAAUGGUGGCAAGGUGCCACAGUGGACAGAUGACUGUAACAACAAGAAAGACGGCAGCUGGACGUCUUCCCGGGGUAGAGGCUCAAUCAAACCAGAUGAGUGGGAACACAGCAGUAACGGCAGUACAGGUUCUAGGCCCAGUUCAGGGUCCAGACCAGGAUCCGGCUCACGCUCCGGCAGCAGAGGCAGAAACAACCAGUACACAGGCCCUUCCAAGAACGGGAACAGAGACGGUUCCUUUGACAUCUUGGGGACAGACAUAUGGGCUGCCAACACGAUGGACUCACACGGAGGUGCAGGCUGGGACGUGCAGCCAGAGAAGCUGGACUUCAGUCACUUCCACAGGAAACACUUUAGAGGAACGCCAAAGCACCUGCCACACAUUGACAGAGAGGGGAUGAACAAAAUCAAAUUUGAGGAAGAUGACGGCAUAGACAUGAACGACAUAGAGAGGUUCCUACCCCAACUGCGCUCUGUCUUCCCACCCCUUCCUAAUGAGGCUGAGAUCGCACACACCAAAAAGCUCUUCCGACGCAGGAGGAAUGACCGACGAAAGGUUGAUCAGUUCACCCGAGACCAGUUAACCGUACGUCUGCCCACUGGCCCCGGGGGAAAGCGGCAAGUCUCAGCCAGGAGACAGCAGCGGCCUCAGGGAGGAGGAGGAGGAGGAGGCGGAGGAGUGAAGAACCAACCUCAGCUGAUACAACAACAGUCACCGCAGCACCAGAGGGAUCAAACCCAGCAGCAGUCUCCAAACCAGCAGCAGCAGAAUUUCACAGAACUGGGCGAUAACAGAAACACUAGCGCUGGUCGGCCGCCUCGCCAGUAUCAAGGAGGACAUGGGCAGCGCCAAGGAGGACCCCCGCACCACGGAUACAGCCAGAACCGGCGUUGGCACCACAAUCAGAAAGGUCAGGGGCAUGGACAGACAAACGCUACAGGUGACAAAGGAGUUUCCCCGAGAACAACCAAAGACAAAGAGACUGAGAAUGUAAAACCAGGUGAUGAGCAGAUCAGACCAUCUCAAGACUGCGGCAGCAAGAGUUUCAAUGAAUCACCCAGAUCUGACUCAACACCCACUUCAAAUGCUCUCCCACAUCUGACAGCAGGGAAGGAAUCUCCUAACCCACCAGGAAGUGGAAAGGCAAGCGAGGGCCGGUCGGAGCAGCCCAAAAUCAGCUUGCUGCAGUCGUCAAAGGAGCGGCUGAGGAGGAGACUAAAGGACAAGGAAGAGGCACGCGUGGAGGCGUCAGGCACCGGCUUUCAGAGCAUGGACCGGCUGGUGGACCUCCUCAACAGCAUGAGGAGCAACAGCAGCGGGGUGGAGCAGCAGCUGGCCUCCUUCAUGGAGGAGGCGCAGUGUUCGGCGCGCUCUGAGGAAACCCUGGCUCAGGUGGUUAGCACCAUCUAUUCCAAGGCGGUGUCGGACAGGAGCUUCGCCGCCACGGCUGCCAAGCUCUGUGACAAAAUGGCGCUGUUUAUGGUGGAGGGAACCAAGUUCAGAUCACUGCUCCUCAACAUGCUGCAGAAAGACUUCUCCCGUCGAGAUGAGCUCCAGCAGUCAGAUGUGGAGAGGUGGUUAGGUUUCAUCACGUUCUUGUGCGAGGUGUUUGGUACCAUGAGGAGCAGCUCGGCGGAGCCUUUCCGGGUGCUUGUGUGUCCCAUCUACACCUGCCUACGAGAGCUGUUGGAGUCCACAGAUGUCAAGGAAGAUGCAGUCCUGUGCUGUUCCAUGGAGUUGCAGAGCAUGGGGCGUCUCCUGGAGGAGCAGCUCCCAGAAAUGAUGACAGAGCUCCUAGCAGCCGUCAGGGACAAGAUGCUUAGUCCAACCGAAUCUCAGCUGACCCGCUCUCUCCUCAUGGAGGUCAUCGAGCUGCAUGCACACCGCUGGAACCCGCUGGAGGCUCUCACCAUCCAAUACUACGACCGUACCAUCCAAAAGCUCACCACCACUGCCUAGGUGCCAGUUCCCUCAGGAGGAGAGGAGACAAGCCCCCCCAGACGCCCCGAGGAAACACUUUUCAGUUGAGCAUCAAUCUAGUUUUACCAAAACACACCCCAAAAUAAAUGCUUUAUGUUGGUAUGGAACUUAAUUGUACAAUUCACUAAUUUCUCUAAGAUAUAUGUGACCACUGCCACAGACAAACCGCACACUAACAACCAAACAGGUACCCCCCCCCCCCCCCCCCCACACACACACACACAACUACAUGUGGUGUUCAAACAAUGAAAAGCCAUGCAUUCUGGCAAACAGGAGCGUCUAUAUGGCCAGUAGGGGUGUGCUCGGCCACAUAGAGUCCUGGAGCUCGCCUGGCUGUGGCUGCUGAGGGAUAAAGGAGGGAGCAGACAAGCGAGGGGUCACACAGGGGAGAGGAGGAGAGGGCAGCAGCCUGCCCGUAGGGAAUAGAGAGAUCUGUACCCAAAGAUGAAUGAAGGAGGGAGGGGGUGGGUCAGGGUAGUCCGUGUCAGUCUCUUCAUUGUGUUCAUUUGCCCACCACCCUCCCCUCCUCUCUGUCUCUCUCUCCUCCCCCUCCUCUGUCUCUCCGUCAGCCCCUGGGGUCUGUGUGGCUGAUAAAAGAGAGAGGAGGAGGAGGAGGAGGCAGGGAGUAGACACGGUGCUGUCUGUCUGGGCCGUCUGCCCCGCCGGGCCAGGGACCAGGUCAAAGGGCCUCGCUGUGGAGCUCCCCAGCUCCCACAGCUCCUCCCCGCCUUUGUCUCCCCAACUCCACACCCCCCAGCAGGAAGGCUUUUUGUGUGGAUGAGACAGCGAGCCUGCUGGGCCAGGCUGGGCUGAGGAUAAGGAUCAGGCUGGCUAGAGUUGGGUGGCAGAUGGCUGCUUGAGCCCAUGUGAGACGACACACCCCUCUGGCACCCCAGCUCCCAGCUCCCUGCUCCCCGAGCUCAGGCCAGUGUCACCAAUAGGAGCAGUCAAAAUAAUGCAGUUGGGGGGGGGCCAGCAUUAGAAAAGCAUUAAAACAACCACUGCUGUCUGAUAAUUCUUUUGUUUUUGUCCUGCAGGGGAAGGUCUCUUCUCCUCUGUUAAGCCGUGCAUGUACAUGCUUUGUUAACCACGUCUUUGAUAUUAUUAUAUUAUUUUUUUAAUCAUUGUGUUUCUAUUGUCGGUUCAUUUUGAAGUCUUGUUUUUAUGAUAAAACGUAUGUAUGAGGUGUUAGCGGUAGGCCUUAUUGCACAGGUUGUUUUGCACUGUUUUGCUUUAAAACUCAAAAAAAAAGCAAAAGUUUGAAUUUGAAUCAGUGCUUGUGGAAUUAAUAUUAAAAUCUCAGUAGUGAGACAAAUGGGUUGCGCAUAGUGAGGGAUUUUAGGAUGUUUUAAUGGACUAGUGGCCUUUGUCAUUUAUCCAUCUUUAUAGGAGCUCUCUUGUUUUGGGGCCUGCAGGGCCUGUGGCAGCAAAGGGCAUGCUGAGGACUAAACAGACUCAUUCACGUAAUUUCUGUUGCU